GUGUGGUGUUGGCUCAAGCCAAGCAGGCCCGAACGCGGGGCGCGGCGGGGUAGCUUGCAGUUUCCAAACCGGCACUACCGGUACUAUGACGCCACUAGCAAGCAAACUUCACCCCUCCUCAUCUUGUAAUAAAGUACGACACUCCCACCCAAUUAAAGAACAACAUUUACCGCAGUUCCACAACCACUUUCCACACCAGGUACUACCAAACGCGAUUACCAGCAACAAUGUCCGACUCGCGCAUUCCCACGUCGACCUCGGUCAGCGAAUCCGCCGUCAUCGAAGCGCCCUUCAGCGCCGUCUGGCACCUUAUCAAGCUGCAGGACUUCUCCAAGUUCUGGAGCAAGCUCGAGAAGAGCGAGGUCGUGAAGAGCUCCUCGCCCGAGACCGAUGUCAUCAAGUGGACCUUCAAGGAUGGCACUGAGCUGGACGUGAAGCAGGAGGAACACUCGAGCAUCGACCACUUCAUCACCUACUCGGUCAUCUCGAGCCAGCCCGCGCUGAGCUACACCAGCGUCGUGAGCACCAUCCGCGCGUACCCUGUCACCUCCGGCAAGCACGAGGGACAAACCUUCAUCACCUGGACAGGCAACUUCUCUAGCGACGCCGAUGCCGGCGUGAUCGAGGACGCAAAGUUCAAGCGCCGCGAAGCUCUCGCUGACCUCGCCAAAGCCGCCGCUAAAUAGAGAACUUGACAAAGCGCAAGUGGGCUAGGACGAAUAUACUGUGGAGUGUAGUAGAUGAAACGGAAACGAUAUGGCACGAGCACCCAAACAGAGGUGCGGAAACAUGAUCGGAUUGGGAUACUCAUGGUAUAACAUGGCAGCUGUAUGAUACGACUUUUUGUGAUGAGCUGAUGCACAUCGUAAUAUGAAUGACUAGGUGUUGGCAGUACAAAACACACCUUUCGCCGCCACUGGUCAUCGUGUGAAGAGAAUUUGACUCUUACAUAAAUACUUGUCUUGGGCACAAAGUGCCUAAAAAAGUCCGGUCUCAGAAUGGCGCCAAGUAGACCGUCCUUCGAUCCAAUUCCCACCCAGACCCGUGCGACGCACAAAGG